CUGACUCGCUGUGAAAUCCCCAGCCCAGCCCCUUCCCCUGGGGCCUGAGGUCCCUGCUGGGAGGAUUGGGGGCGGAGGCUGCCCAGCUGUGGCCAUCUGGUGUCAGCCCUGGACAUUUCCGAAAAACUGGAUGGAUCCAGCUUCCCGGAGGAGUGAAGCAGGGAGCUGGCCUGAGCCUCAGGGACUUCUUCCCCCGGAGAGAAUCCGGAUCCCUUCCUGGGAGGUGACUGAUCAAGGCAGGAAGCUUACUCAUCCGAGCCAGGGGGAGAGCAAGCCUGCACCCCCAGGACCUUGCUCUCUGUCCCCGCCCUGCCAGGACCUGAAGCCAUGGCCUCAAAGCCCGAGAAGAGGGUCGCCUCCUCCAUCUUUAUCACCCUGGCACCCCCGCGCCGCCACGUGGCCGUGGCCGAGGAAGUGAGGCAGGCGGCUUGUGAGGCCCGGCGCGGCUGCCCCUGGGAGCCCCCUGGGAAGGCCCCUGCUGGGAGGCCCAGCCCCUGCAGCCCCGCUCAGCUCUCCAACGGAGAGCGCGCUCCUCCUCCACCUGCCCUAGAUGCCCAGGACCCUCUGGCCGACCUGGACCUCCCGCCGCCACCACCGCCCCCUCCUGCGUACCUGCCCCCCCCUCCUGAGGAGGCCCCUGCCCCGCUGGGGGCAUCACUCAUUUCCGACUUGGAGCAGCUGCACCUGCCCCCACCCCCACCGCAGGCUCUGGUGGAGGGACCCCCGGUCCAAACUCGGCCCGGUCAGCUCAGGCCCUCGGAAGAGGAGCUGCCGCCUCCCCCGGAAGAACCUGCUGGGCUCCCUGAGAGAGAGGUGUCCACAGACAUCUGUGCCUUCUGCCACAAGACCGUGUCCCCCCGCGAGCUGGCCGUGGAGGCCAUGAAGAGGCAGUACCAUGCCCAGUGCUUCACGUGCCGCACCUGCCGCCGCCAGCUGGCUGGCCAGAGCUUCUACCAGCAGGACGGGCGGCCCCUCUGCGAGGCCUGCUACCAGGACACCCUGGAGAAGUGUGGCAAGUGUGGAGAGGUGGUCCGGGACCACAUCAUCAGGGCCCUGGGCCAGGCCUUCCACCCCACCUGCUUCACGUGCGUGGCCUGCGCCCGGUGCAUCGGGGACGAGAGCUUCGCCCUGGACAGCCAGAAUGAGGUGUACUGCCUGGAUGACUUCUACAGGAAAUUUGCUCCGGUGUGCAGCAUCUGUGAGAAUCCCAUCAUCCCCCGGGACGGGAAGGACGGCUUCAAGAUCGAGUGCAUGGGGAGAAACUUCCACGAGAACUGCUACCGGUGCGAGGACUGCAGCGUCCUCCUGUCGGUGGAGCCCACGGACCAGGGCUGCUACCCCCUCAACGACCACCUCUUCUGCAAGCCGUGCCACGUGAAGCGCAGUGCCGCGGGCUGCUGCUGAGGACGCCCGGCCACGCCCGGCUGUGCGUGCACCUGCUCACCCACACGUCCCUCCUGAGCCUCCUUGGGGACCGGCCUGCGGCUCUGCCCACUGCGUCCCGGACACAGGCCUGGCCUCCUCCCAGCACCCCCAGACUUCCAGAAGGCUCCUGUGCCGUGAGCAUCACUCCGGGGGUCCCCGUCUGGCCCCUCGGUCCGCUGCUGGGGACAGUCGGGGCACAGCUCUGCGUGGACGCCUGUGCUGGGCCAGGUCCGGUGCAGGGCUGCACUGUUUGAGGAAACACUCCGAGGUCCAGCUUUGGGGAGAUGCUGAGGUUUCCGGGGUGGGGAACCACGUGCUCGCCGUCUGAGGGAGAGAAGUCUCCACAUCCAGUGUCUCCCCUUGGCUCAUAAAGGUACAGGAGGGUGACCCAAGGUGGCACAGCCCUGGACUUGCCAGGCCAGGCAGAGAGAGUGGUCCAUGGCCACGCGGAGCCCUCGGCAGCCCCUCCGUCUGCCCCCAUGCACUACCAGGAGCCGUCCACAGCUGUGGAUUGGGGAGCAGAGCAGGGACUGGGACCGUGCACACCCCUCCCUGCCCCUCCUCCUGCACGGCGGUGCCCCCAAGUCCCCACAGCCCUGGCCACCCUGAGCCCACCGCCUGCACGAGGCCACACCCACAAGAUCUUUCUUCCCCUUUAAUUCCCAGGUGUGUAGUAGGGCUGCACGAUUUAGACAAUGUGCGCUCCUCUGGAGUGAGUGCGGCCUCCCGGGAGACCCCACAGCCGCCUGCGCUGGGCCCCACGGGGGCUUCCCACCCGAGCACGGCCUCAGCUGCGAGCAGCCGGGCCCAAACAGCUGCGUUCACCUGCGUUCACCUGCGUUCACCUGCCGCCUCCCAGUUUUUAGCCUAUGGAUGACCUCUGACCCUGUUUUUUUUUUACUCACUUCCAGUGUUAGCCUUGAGCUAAGUGAUGUAUCCAUGCAGUGCUACGGUCCUGUGUGACCAGUGUUUAUUCCUCUUCCACGUACAAAUAAAAGCGCACCUGUUAGCAGCUCCCCCGUGGAAGGUCUCUCGCAGGGACUUGCCGGCCUUCGGCUGCAGCUCUAGGGAAAUCUGUGUUGGGCCUCGGCUUGCGGCGGCACGAGGGUGGGGCAGGGGCCCGCCCCGUUCCCCUCGGAAUGCUGGACUCAGCUUGGCAGGCCAAGGAACUCGGGUCCAC